AUGAGCAGUACGUUCGUAACCCUGGCCGAGGUCCUGGAGGCCAGGGGGGGCCCGUUAGAGGAGGAUGAGGUCUGGUCCCUGUUGCUAGGUUCUGCAGAAACACUCCUGGACAUCUCCUACAGAGGUCACAAUAACAUUUGCAACGUUAUAAGCCCUGCGUCACUCCUCCUGUCUGCGACCGGUAUGCUGGCGUUUAAAAACUGUGCCAUGACAGACGAGGUGUCGACCUUCACUGCUCCAGAGAUGCUGCAAGGUCGUACCAUCACCACCAAACUGGCCAUGGAAAAGGUGACUGUAUACUCUCUUGGCAUGACUCUCUACUGGUCAGUCGAUUAUAACAUUCCUCAAAAUCAGCCCAUUCAGUUGAGUGACUCCCUGAAUUGCCUUCUUCUGAGCAUGUGCGAAGACAUGGCUCAUCGGAGGGUGAGCCUCAACUCUAUUCUGGAGGCAUGUGAAACUCACCACAAAUCCUCUGUCCUACCCCCUCCCAACAAAGUCAUCAAACAACUGGUGGAGGACAUUAUCCGGAACCAGACUGAUCAGACAUCUCUCACGGACAACACCGUCCACCUGUCCGGGAGGACUCAGAUGAUCAGAGAACGAUUACAUGGGAAACGUGGACCGUACCCUGGUUACGCUGAAGGGAGUGCAACCACAGAAGAGACCCAGACCCGCAGACUUUCCCUGGACUCAGAUAGUAAGCCAGCCAGCAUACAGCAGCAGAAAAGCUGGUCCCUGAAGAACAGAACCACCCAAUCGCCGUCUUUCCAGGGCAUCCCAAACAGAAUUCCACGGGGGGCUCAUCACAGAGGCAGUAAUAGUAGCUGGCUGUCCCGGAGUCAACACCUCAACGCUCCUCACAAGGACGACCCUAAACCUCAGAGUCUCUCCAUCACAGUCAGUGAAUCAAGCGCUAGCCUCGCGCAGAGGAAAACAAAGAGUCUUGGACCAGAGUUUACAAAGAUGAUUGAAGAACCUCAGAUUAUUCUAGAGUUGCCUGGAUCUAUAGUGUCAAAGAAAGGGAAGUCAUGUUCAUCUCAAAGGGAAGUGAGUGUGAUAAUGCCGAACGAGCAGUGUGUGUUAGUGAAGUGUGACAUUAAGUCCAGGGGGAGAGACGUCUUUGACAUGGUUGUGGCCCACGCCAAUCUUGUGGAGCAUUUUUAUUUUGGCCUUGCUUUCAUUGAUGACGAUGAAUUUUUCUUUCUGGAUCCUGAAACGAAGAUUUCAAAAGUUGCCCCCGACACUUGGAAGAAAUUAGGAUCUGUUACGUUCACGCUGUUUCUACGUGUCAAAUUUUUUCCCGACGAUAUCUCUUUCAUUUUGCACAGACUCACCCGCCACCAGUACUAUCUUCAGACGAGGAAGGACAUUCUGGAGGACAGGUUACACUGCAAUGAGGAGACUGCCCUAUUUCUUGCUGCUCUCGCACUUCAGGCAGAGUUUGGGGACUACAUGCCUGAGGUAUAUGGAAAGAAUUAUUUUCAGAUUGAGCACUAUAUUUCUAAGAGAGCGAUGGAGAAAAUGGCCUUGCCCUGCCUAAGGGAGGAUUUGCCAAGAUUACAUGCCAAUAAUGCCCACUUGCUUCCAGAGGAGGCUGAGCUGGAGUUCCUAAAGAUCACUCAGCAGUUGCCAGAGUACGGGGUGCUGUUUCAUCGAGUAGCUCGAGAGAAGAAGUCUGUCAUUGGGGAGCUGGUGUUGGGAAUUUGUGCCAAAGGAAUCGUGGUUUAUGAAGUGAAAAAUCACUCCCGCAUAUUCUGCCGCAGGUUCCAGUGGUCUGAAACGGACAGCAUAUCGACAGCUCGACGUAAGCUGACUAUAGAAUGUGGGCCGAGUGGGAAAAAACACACCUUUGUAACAGAGAGCUCAAAGAUUGCCCAGUACCUGCUGAACCUCUGCUCUGCUCAACACAAGUUCCACAGCGAGAUGACCUCCCGACAGCUCACUUACUGUCUGGCCUCAGAUGACAACAUAGCAAAGUACACCUCCAUUUGUCAAUCUCAACAUAACCAGAUGAAGAGACUGUCUUGUUCUGAGACCGUACUCAACACUGUCGGUUUGAACGCUUUACGAAACAACUCCAUGAGCAAGUCGUGCGACGACCUGUCGGCGAAUAUCGAGGCUCGGCUACGACAGCAGCGAGAGCUGAGAGAGAUACCAGAGCCGCGAGCGCUGAGUGAGCUUAAAGAACAGAACCAGAACUGCAGCCCUACAGAGGCGUUCAGUUCUCCAAUUUAUCGCGUUGUGUCCAACAUCUCUUUGCAAAAGCAAGAUUCAGAGGCCCACUCCACCUCUUCAUCCAUACGAGUAGACACGCCCGUUCGAUCACCCCCUGAGAGAGAAAUCAUCUGUGUCACUCUGAAAAAGGAUCCUAAGUUUGGUUUUGGAUUUAUCAUUGUCGGAGAGGACAACACGGGAAAAUUAGACCUGGGAAUCUUCAUCGCAUCGGUCGUGCCCGACGGACCUGCUGAUAAGGAUGGACGGAUCAGGCCAGGGGGACGCCUGAUCUCUCUCAACAAGAUCAGUCUCGAGGGGGUGACGUUCAGUGCAGCCGCCGCCAUUUUACAGAACAGUCCAGAUGAGGUGGAACUAAUCGUCUCCCAACCCAAACAAGGUUUAAGGGAUAGCAAAAGUUCCUUGGCUCCCAGCGUCUUGGGGACAAUGCUGGAGAGAAGUUUUGACUCUCAGACCACGCUGAGCACAGAGUACAGGCCUCUGAUGGAGGAACUGGAAGAAGCCCUGAGCAACAUCAUGACCCCUAAAGCCGGCAGAAAAAUACCCAUUCCUGUAGUCCGCGUUCUGGAUACGCAGGACGCGUGUUCCAGGUCUCUGUCUUUCUCCAGUCUGAACCCUGCUGAGCUUGUGUAUGUAGAGCUUAAGAAGGUUAAUGGAAGUCUUGGAAUUAGCGUCGCCGGAGGAAUCAAUACAAACGUACGUUAUGGAGGGAUCUACAUUAAGAGCCUGGUGGUGGGCGGAGCUGCAGAACUGGAUGGCCGUAUACAGAUUGGUGACAGGCUGCUGGAAGUGGAUGGCUCUAACCUGCGGGGUGUCACCCACCGGCAGGCCGUGGAGUGUCUGAAGAAAACUGGGGAGGUGGUUAGUUUGCUGUUGGAAAGAGAGUCCCCGGUUGUCUUGGAGACCUCCAGCGCCUCCUCCACCAUGGAGAGGCAGAGAUCUCGCUCAUUCCAGAACACUCACUGCACCUCCCCCCUGAGGGAAGAGGUUGCCGUGGAAACGUCCUUGUCUGUCAAGGCCAAGGACUACAGCUUUGUGUCAGAUGACAACACUAUCCAGGUAACACUGAAGAAGAGUCUCAGUGGCCUGGGCUUUAGUUUCCUGAUCACUGAACCACUGCCUCCAGACGAGGGGAGCUUGGUCCGCAUUAAGAGGCUCUUCUCUGGGCAGCCAGCUGACCAGUCCGGCCUGAUCCGGGAAGGGGAUGUGAUCCUUGCCAUCAAUGGGGAGACUGUCAAAGGCCUAUCCUAUCAGAGGGUUUUGAACCUGCUGCGGGACUCUCCAUUAGAGGUCAGGCUGACUCUUUGCAGACCUGCUCCAGGUGCUCUCCCACUCAUGGACGCCACUGCACUGAACAUUGCUUUGUCACACGCGCGUGAAGUGAGGUCUAAAUCCCUGGACAUGAGAGCAGGACACAUCUCUGCAGAAUUCUCUGAGCUCCUCAAGCUGAGAUCCCUGGAGAGGAGCUCCAAGAGACUGUGUUCCCUGGAGAGAACUGAAGAGGUCCAGGUCAACAACCAGAGCAUGAACCAUCCACAGGAGGGUGAAACUCCAUCCACCCCUUCCACCCCUCCAUCACCUCCGUCACCUAAAUCAAGUAGUGAAUCUGGGGAACAGGAGGAAGAGGUUGAGGGGGAAGCCACAGGCCUCAUUACAACUACAUCAGUGGCUAAUACCACCAUGACAACAACUACAAGUGCGAGCACCACCCCAGCGACGGCUCUCACCACAACAACAGCCACAGCUGCACAGCAAGAGUUUAAAGAUCAAAGCAUCUCCAACUCCAACCACAAUUCAGCCUACGUCAGUGGGAUCAGGGAGGAUGUGAACGGGUCCACCAGCUACUGUCUCAUGGCUAAUGGACUGACCAUCUUAGCUGACGAGGAAUACCUUACCAUCACCACUACGUCAGCCAGUCCUCCUGACAGCAGUGCCACAGGAUCUGGGCUUACUGUGCCUCUCGCCCAACCUCCACCACCUCCACCCUCCACGCCUCUGGCUCCAGCCAUGGCAGAUGCCCCAUCUUCUAAAAACAACCACAGCUGGGAUGAUGAGGAGGAGGACGAUGAAGAUCCGAGAAAGGACAUGAUGAAAGAGUUUGAGUUGACGGUCUCUCUGACUAAAUCCUGGAAUGGAAGCUUUGGUUUCACCAUCACCAGGAGUAAACUGGACAACUGUUACUACGUACAGGACGUCCUGGAUAAUCCAGCCAAGGCAGACGGCAGACUUAGAGCCGGAGACAGACUCAUCACAGUGAAUAACCAUAAUUUGACUAACGUGACAGAUGACAUUGCCAUGAGCAUUCUCAAGUGUUCCACUAAACGCCUCACCAUGGUGUUGGGCAGAGCUGUUCAAAACCUGCUGCCCCCUCCAUCACCAGACAGCCUGCCAGAUAUCGUUCUACACAAGACACCAUCCGGACAACUGGGUAUCAAGCUGACGGGCGGCAUUGGCAGCAAAUGGCAGGGCAUAUAUGUUCUGGAGGUGGUGCCGGCAUCUCCUGCCAGUGAGGAGGGCAGCAUUCAGCCCCAAGAUAAAAUUCUCUACAUCUGUGGCAAGUGCACCAUGGGAAUGACUCUGGAGGAUGCUGUGAAGGCCUGUGAGAAUGCUCCACGCAAAGUCAAACUCAAAGCUAUCAGGGAGGACCAGCCUGUAACACCCAGAGGAAAAUGGAAUGGUUUGUUUGACUGGAAGAAAGAUAAGAAGUUUCUUCCUCGUUUUGAAGAUUCCAGCCCCUCGGAGGUGGAGGUUACACCAGAUGAUGUAAAAGCUGUUCCGGAGAGUUCUGUGAGGUUCAGACAGAGACUCUCUGUGACCUCAGAGCAGGAGAGCUGUAUCAUUCAGGUUGAGUUCACUAAACCAGAGAGAGGAGGGCUGGGUUUUGCUCUGGUGGGCGGGGCUAAUGGCAGUGCACUGAGAGUGAAGGACAUCUGCUGCGGGGGCGCGGCUGAGCAGGAUGGCCGACUGCGUGUGGGGGACAUCCUCCUAGAGGUGAACGGAGUCAUUGUGUCUGGACUAAGCCACGGUAAGGUGGUGGAUAUCUUACGUAAAGCUGAGGGAACUGUUCAGCUGACCGUGUGUCGAGAUAUCCUGUCCGUCGCAGGGCACGCCCAUAAUCCCCCAGCUGAUUCCUCACAUGACAACAGCGCACACAACCCGACAGAGGUAAACCUGGACUCAGACAUGCAGAGAGAUCUCCUCAACUUUCAGGCCUCAGGCUGCUCAGCAGCAGACUCUGAGGACAGUCGAAACUGUACACCUACCUGUCAAAGGUGCUGCCCUACUCUAUGUGUUACGGACAUGCUACAGGACAGGAUAGACCCCCAGAAGCAGCACCAAGAAAACCGCACCAUGAAAAAGGAGCAAAACCACUCAGAUGGAUGGAGUAGUGACGACGAAGACGAUGAUGACGAUACCUUUCAGCCUUCGUCACCCGAGAUCACACCUCACACAGAUCGGCCCAUUGUGUCGGAAGAGGAGCUGGCCAGCCUAGCCAUGAUAAACCCCUCCAAAACCGGCCGGUACUCAGGAGCCCGAAUCAAAGCCCUCAUCCAGGUCCUACAACACCAGCUGGAGCAGCAGGAUCUGGUCAAAGAGUUUAUGGCCUUGGAGCAUUUGAAACCGUCGGACAACUGCCUGGUGGGAAAGGCUCCUGAGAACAGAGAGAAGAACAGAUACAGGGAUAUCCUCCCCUAUGAUAAGACGCGCGUUCUGGUGGGAGAGAAGCAGGACUACAUUAACGCCAGUUACAUCCGGAUGGAGGUGGGUUCAGAGGAGUUCCUCUACAUCUCCUCCCAGGGCCCCCUCCCCAGCACGCAGGACUCCUUCUGGCAGAUGGUGUGGGAGCACAAAUCGGACGUCAUAGCGAUGAUGACCCAGGAGGUGGAGCGCGGCAGGGUCAAAUGUCACAAGUACUGGCCCGAGAAGCUCGGCGUUCCCGUGGAAACCGACCGUUACCAGCUGAUCCUGGACAACUAUCAGAUGCAGGACUACUUCCACAUCAAGAUCAUCAAGAUGGUGGAGAAAGAGAGUGGAGAAGUCCAUUUUGUGAAACAUCUGAAGUUCACCACGUGGCCGGACCACGGAACGCCGCGGUCCUCGGAGCAGCUGGUGCGUUUUAUCCGCUACAUGCGCGCCGUUCACUUCAAAGGCCCAGUCACGGUGCACUGCAGCGCAGGGAUCGGCCGAGCCGGGGUCCUGAUCUGCAUCGACGUCAUCCUCAGCCUUAUCGAGAAAGACCUUACCAUUAACGUGAGCGAGAUUGUGAGAGAGAUGAGACUCCAGCGGUACGGCAUGAUUCAGACCAAGGAGCAGUACCUGUUCUGUUACAGAGUCUGGCUGGACGUGCUGCAGAGCAUCUUACUUCUUCAUGGUAACCAGUGGCAAUCAGAAACCCCCUAG